CACCAGACCUGGACCGCAUAACCAACAGUCGGCCAGCCUGCGGCACCGGGGUCUCUGAAAGAAGAUGAACUUGGCUGAGAUUUGUGACAAUGCAAAGAAAGGAAGAGAAUAUGCACUUCUUGGAAAUUAUGACUCAUCAAUGGUAUAUUACCAAGGGGUGAUCCAGCAGAUUCAGAGACAUUGCCAGUCAGUUAGAGACCCAGCUAUCAGAGGCAAAUGGCAACAGGUUCGGCAGGAAUUAUUAGAAGAAUAUGAACAAGUUAAAAGUAUUGUCAACACUUUGGAAAGUUUUAAAAUUGACAAGCCCCCAGAUUUCCCUGUGUCCUGUCAAGAUGAACCAUUUAGAGAUCCUGCUGUUUGGCCGCCCCCUGUACCUGCAGAACACAGAGCUCCGCCUCAGAUAAGGCGUCCAAAUCGAGAAGUAAAACCUCUGAGGAAAGAAAUGCCAGGAGCAGGAGCCCGGGGACCUGUAGGUCGAGCACAUCCUAUAUCGAAGAGUGAGAAGCCCUCUACAAGUAGGGAUAAGGAUUGUAGAGCAAGAGGGAGAGAUGACAAGGGAAGAAAAAAUAUGCAAGAUGGUGUGAGUGAUGGUGAAAUUCCAAAAUUUGAUGCUGCUGGAUAUGAUAAGGAUCUGGUAGAAGCCCUUGAGAGAGAUAUUGUGUCCAGGAAUCUUAGCAUUCAUUGGGAUGACAUAGCAGAUCUGGAAGAAGCUAAGAAGUUGCUAAGGGAAGCUGUUGUUCUUCCCAUGUGGAUGCCUGACUUCUUCAAAGGGAUUAGAAGGCCCUGGAAGGGUGUGCUGAUGGUUGGACCCCCAGGCACUGGUAAGACCAUGCUAGCUAAAGCUGUUGCCACUGAAUGUGGCACAACAUUCUUCAAUGUUUCCUCCUCUACACUGACAUCCAAAUAUAGAGGUGAAUCUGAGAAAUUAGUCCGUCUGUUGUUUGAAAUGGCUAGAUUUUACGCCCCCACUACGAUCUUCAUUGAUGAGAUAGAUUCUAUCUGCAGUCGAAGAGGGACCUCUGAUGAGCACGAAGCAAGUCGCAGAGUCAAGUCUGAGCUACUCAUUCAGAUGGAUGGUGUUGGAGGAGCUUUAGAGAAUGAUGAUCCUUCCAAAAUGGUUAUGGUAUUAGCUGCUACUAAUUUCCCAUGGGAUAUUGAUGAAGCUUUGCGAAGAAGAUUAGAGAAGAGGAUUUAUAUACCUCUCCCAACAGCAAAAGGAAGAACUGAGCUUCUAAAGAUCAAUCUUCGUGAGGUUGAAUUGGAUCCUGAUAUUCAACUGGAAGAUAUAGCGGAGAAGAUAGAGGGCUAUUCUGGUGCUGAUAUAACUAAUGUUUGCAGGGAUGCAUCCUUAAUGGCAAUGAGACGGCGCAUCAAUGGCUUAAGUCCAGAAGAGAUCCGUGCACUUUCUAAGGAGGAGCUUCAGAUGCCUGUUACCAAAGGAGACUUUGAAUUGGCUCUCAAAAAAAUUGCCAAGUCUGUCUCUGCUGCAGACUUGGAGAAGUAUGAAAAAUGGAUGGUUGAAUUUGGAUCUGCUUGAAUUUCUAUCGGCUCUUCCAUUUCUGGUAUUUUUGUUUAUAAAAUGUGAAGAAAUUUCUUCAUAUAGGUUUGGAAUUUUUCAUUGGAGAGAUUUUCACUUAAAGGCAAAUAACCUAAAACCACAGAGUAUAAAUGUUGUUGAAAAAUGAGAAAAGCUUACAUAAAGAGCCUGAUGCACCCCUAAAGCAGGGUGUCAGGGCGGCAGAGGAAAGGGAUCGGUGUGCUAUUGUGGAAACUUGUUUACAAAAGAUUUAGAAGGACCUCUGUUCCUCACUUGCAUUUGUUGUC